AUGCUAAUGAUGGCGACAGAUCCCUCCUUUUAUGAGGCUCAUGCGGUGGUUCUCAGCAACAUGGGACAGCACAGGCAGGCGCUGGUGAUAUAUGUCUUCAAGAUGAAGGACUAUGCCAAGGCAGAGGAAUACUGCAACCACAUCCACAAGACACAAGACCUCCCCCCCUCUUCGUCUCCUGACCAAAACGACACCGACAACACUGACCAGCCCUCCAUCUACCACACCCUCUUGUCACUCUACCUUCGCCCACCCAGACCUCACAAGCCCAACCUUGGACCUGCGCUGGAUCUCCUCUCAAAACAUGGCUCCCGUCUGCCAGCUACUUCGACCUUGUCGCUUGUGCCAGAUGAUCUGCCUGUCGCGCAACUGGAAUCGUAUUUCCGCGGCAGGAUGAGGAGCGCGAAUUCAAUGGUCAACGAGACGAGGGUGGUGGCUGGGCUGAGGAGGACGAGCCACUUGGCGGCGCAGGCGUUGUUGUACCUGGGAGAUGGGAUACCGGGGGGUCAGGCGGGGAGGAACAGGAGGGUGGUUGUUGGGGAGGAGAGGAUGUGUGGGGGGUGUCAUAAAAGGCCGAUGAGUCCGGGGAGUGUCAGGUCGGGGGAUGGGGGGGGGUUGAAGAAUUGGGGGAGGGUUUGAACUGUAUUUUUAUUAGAGAAGGUAGUUGUAGAAAGUUGAGUGGGGAG